AUGCCAUACAUAUAUAGAUAUGUAUCAUGUACAUUUGCGUUGGUGACAGGUGUGAAGUGUGGACCAGCGGAGGGCCACAGCCGCGAAGUGUGUGCGGAGCAAUGCCAGACAACUCCUGGUGACGAGGUGCUUGGGCUCGUGGCCCGUGACCAGGUUGUGGACUAUGCCCGGUUCUGCUUCUACGAGUGCAAGCCACCGUCUGGGUUGACCAGCUCACUGAACUCGCAAUGCUUGGCAUUGGCGGCAGAUGAGACAAAGCAGGUCAUCGAUGCGGACGGAAAUCCCGUGGAUCCCGCCUUCUUGUACGAGCACGAGUCGCAGGCUCUGGCAUUGGCAAAGGAGGGCGACGAAGAAGUGGACCCUGAGGAUGCGGACCCGACCCGGGCCAAGCAGACACCCAAAGACUCAGCGGUCGAGAAGGCGCCUCCCGAGACGGAGGGCAUCGAGGACACCGACUCUGCGGCGGCAGAUGAGAUUCCUGAUGUGGAAAGCGAUCCUCUUGUGGCUGCAAGCCGUGCUCGAGAUGCUGCCUGGCAAGCGGAGGGAUCAGCAGCAAAGGCUGCACGCGCAGCUCGCAAGUCUGUCGAGGCGCUCAAGGCUGGUCGCAAUGAGACCUGGCUCAAAGCAAUGUCGCAGGCCGACAAGGCCUUGAACUUCAUGAAGCAGACCGACACCAGGCUGGCCACAGCGCAUGUUGAAGGCCCGAAGCCUUGGCGAAUCCAGGCAGCUGAGGCAGCUCGAGCAGCAGCGCAACCAUACUUGGAGGCACAGGCCCACUUUGGCGAGACGCUGCCCAGCCUGGACCGCCAGGCCUCUAUGCAGGCGUCGAAGGCGGCAAAGGAACUGCAGGCAAAAGCAGACGAGCUGAAGACGAAGGCAGCAGUGCUUCGCAGGCGUGGACAGGACACGUCAGCGGAUCUCACUGAGCAAUUCGCAGCGCAGACGGCUCGACAGGCAGCCGCCAAGGAGAAGGCUGCUGCGCAAUGGCUGGCAGCUGCUCACAGCAGCGAAGAGAAAGCGCGGGAUGAACGCUACUUGGAGAAUGCGCAGGCCGCCGCCCAACAAGCAGCCCAACAGCUCAAGUUGCCUCAGCGCUACCAGUUGGCUUUGGCACCGGAUCCCUUGCGUCACUGGGCGCCCACGGCAUCGUACCCGCUGCCUUCGCUGUGA